CCGCGCAGCAGUGUCAGCGGCCCUGUCCUUCUCUCCGGCGUGACUACUGAUGCCGCCGGACGAUGGCAUUUCGGUCCAUAAGAGGCGCCUCGGGAACUCGCCUCUGUCCUCCAUCUCCUCGUUGCCCUAUCGCCGCAGCAACGCCUCGCUGUCCAACAUCUUCUCCGCCACCACCGCCCUGCCCACGGGCUCGCCGAGCCAGUCCGGCGCCUCGACGCCGGUAGCAGAGAGAGGCAAUGCCUCUGUCUUCUCUCCUGUGGCAACCUCUUCAGUACGCUCACCGUCGCCGGCGCUGACCGGACAGAUCGCCAGCAAUGACACUCGAGAACUGAUCCUGAGGGCUUAUGCGCCGCAUGUCUCGGUGCUGGCUUCACAGGACACAGAGGAGCUCGUGCGGCACAAGGGCGUUGCUGGAGGGCUGCUAGAUCUCCUACGGCCCUUUGGAGAGCACAUACAGGGCAAGGUCACCACACGAGACAGCACUGGCAUCAGCAAGAUAUGGGACGACUUCUCCUUGCGAUUUGUGGGCGUUCGAGAUGGCUUGGAAAACCCGCGAAGCACAGAGCGCAAGAGCACAGACUCAGCGCCCUCCCAACAGAGUCGCAGGCGGGGCGCAUCUCUGCUAGAGUAUAAACCUGCAAGACUGCGUACUGGAGGUGAUAUUGGCCAGGUUGAGGAACUAGUAGAGCGGCACUUGACUUUCUACGAGGAGAACUCAGGUCCACUUGAAGCCAGCUACAUGACGGCCAAGGAUACCGCAUCCGUCCCAGACGCCCAUUCGACUUCACCGUUCUACUCUUUAUAUCUGCGGCGCCUGCUGUCUGGCAUUCCCAUGUCACCUUUCGAAACCUUCUCGCACCCUGUCGCUUCAGUGAUAGCCAUUUCGUCACGAUCACCUUCGCCAAUUGAGGAGCUGCGGAGCUUGUACGAUUCCUCAAACAGUGGCGAGCAUCGACUCCCGCAAUGGGUGCAUAACGAGUUCUUACGAUACUAUGUCUUAAUACACGAUGAGGAUUAUGAUGACAUCACGAAAUCUAUGGCUCUGUACGACCAGAUGAAGAGGCAUUUUGGCCUGCAUUGUCACCUUCUCAGACUGCAUAGUACGCAGUGUGUUCCUUCAGAUGACGAUACUGUGCGGCUACCGCCAGUCGAGUGGUCUGCAGCAGCAGAGGAGUUGGCGGAAAUCGUCCGGCGAGAGUCGAGUGAGGAUGAUGAGGACCCCACGCCGUACAUUUUCGAGUCUGACGCCAACGCAUUGCGAGCAUUUGUGCGGGAAAUGGUUACCCAGUCCAUCAUACCUUCCAUGGAAAGGGCUUCGGCGACCUGGAAUGACCAGGUGGCAUCUCGACGGCGAGGUCUCAGCGGCAGAUUCAUGUCCAUGUCGAAGCGCUUUACGGCCUUCGGAGGAGGCCGGAACUCGUCCAGUCCUCUUCUGGGCGGCGCAGUUAGCAACUACGACAGCGUACAAGGAUUCUAUCGACCAGAGGCGCCAGAAGCUGUGAUGCGGAAGUUAGCGGAUUAUGCCAUGAUGUUGCGUGAUUUCAAGCUCGCGCAUAGCACUUAUGAAAUUCUUUGCCAAGAUUUCAAGAACGACAAGGCAUGGCGACAUUACGCGGGAGUCAACGAGAUGGCGGCUGUCAGCUUACUUUUAGCCACGGGAGCGAGCAACAAGAUCCGGAUAGAAGGCAUCGAUCAAUAUCUCGAAACUGCGUACUAUUCUUAUGUGACGCGUGCUGGUACGCCACACAAUGCUCUGCGUACACUCGUACUUGGCGUAGAGCUAUUAAAGAUGCGGGGAGGUAAUGCGCUCGAUGAUGCUGCUCGAUGGGCAAAUCGCAUACUGGACGAUCAUAUGGUGGGCUCUGUCGGCCAUGCGUUGCUGACUGAACGCAUAGCAACCUGUUGGGGUGAACGAGUAGCCAUUGGUGGACUGAGUGACGUUGAUCGACAUCGAAAGUGUGCGUUUUGGAAUACGCUGGCUGCCGAUGCCUGGCUACGACUUGAGAAAGCAUCCCAGGCAGAACGAUGUCUUGGUGAAGCUUUCCGACUAUACAAAGUAGAGGGCAUCGAGGCCUCCACUGGUUUCGUGAACAUGACGAAGCACCUCUACACACUUCAAGACGCCGUGUCGGCGAAUCGAGGCGGCCCACACCAUCUUGAUGAAGAUGAUCUGAUAGAUCACCCCGAGCCAGUGCAGGAAGAGCGCGAGCAACUCGUACAGCAGACGCCCGCCUCCGGACUUGGACAUCGCAAGGGCAGCCUCAGCACGACUGUGCGCCCCGUGGCGGGAACGUUGGGCCAUGCUCAUGCUCAUAGGAGAAGCAUCAGUAUUGGUGGUACACCUCCCAUGCCCGCAUCUUUCGAUCCACUAGGUGCAGUACCUAGCGCAUACGACGGAACAGGCGCACCACCAUUAAACCCGCCUGGUGUGGACCUCGCGCAGCCGUCCAGUCCGGUUUUGGAGCGAAAAGAGAGGAGGGACGAUGGAUUUGAAUAAGAGCGUGCUGACCAGCCGUCGCAUUUUUUUGAAAUCAUUAGCGAGGCGUGAGGCGUUUUGGGAAUUGCACGGCAUAGCAUACGUACGAUGUACAUUGUCUCGACAAUGGAAGGCACAUUUGAGAUGGUCGUCAGAGACCACUAUAGUCAUCUUUUUUUUUCUCAAACACAAAAUACCCCUAGACCCUACGCUUAUC